GCUUUCUUCUUUUAGCAAUACAAAGAAAAACCCAAGUAUUCUUAUUCAGAUUUAGCUAGUGAUGAAGAGAGAAAGAGAACACGGAGAGAUUCAGGGUUUUGACAUUGCCAGAUGUCUAAUGCUGCUGUCUCAAGGCCUGGUAGAAACCAAGCCGAAAGACCAUUCCCUGAGCGAGGUUUUCGAGUGCAAGACUUGCCACCGUCGUUUCUCAUCUUUCCAAGCUUUGGGAGGCCACCGGGCCAGCCACAAGAGACCCAAAUUGAUGGGAGAGAAAGCAAGUGAACAAACACAGUUCUUAAGUUUAUCGACCAAGCCCAAGACUCACGAAUGCUCCAUUUGCGGCCAGGAGUUCUCCAUGGGGCAAGCUUUGGGUGGCCAUAUGAGGAGGCAUAGAGCCGCCAUGAACGAAAGCAGCUUCUCCCCGUUUCCGGUCGUUUCAACCGUGCCGGUGUUGAAGAGAUCGAAUAGUAGUAAGCGGAUUGCGUGCUUGGACUUGAACUUGACCCCAUUGGAGAACGAUUUGCAAGUGUUGUUUGGGACCAGGGCUCCCAAGGUUGAUCUCUGCAUCUGAUCCAUAAUCCCCAUUGUUUUCCCAUAUGACUCUUGUAACUUUUAUUUCAUUAACAACAUUUUUUUCAUUUGUUUUAUGUACAACAUCUCAAAUCUUCAAUUCUUCUUUUAUUUUUUUUAUC